UGGUCGAACUGAUGCUGGACCCGAUUCAAAUUCUUAGCCAGAAUCAUUUCAAAUUCGCCUCUGACUCUCUCUCUCGCACCGGAAGAAGAGGGGCUGCUGCUUCCGGUGCUGCUAUUAUCUGUAGUAGCAGAAUAAGAAGGUGCUAGCAUUGAGUUUUCCUCAGGGAGACAAUCGCCUGCAAUAAUCGUCCUCUGCGGUCUCCUUAAGGGUUCGGAAUAAAAAAAAAAAAUCUGAGGUGCACAGGCCAGCUCAUUGAGUUUCUCCAUGGAGGCCAACAACAAUAAUAACAGCUCUGAGAGCCAGAGCCAACAACUGGAGGUUGAAGAUAGGCUCAGCAUGCUGACUGAUGAUAUUUUACUGUCGAUCUUGGGGAGAGUCAGUACACGUCUGGCUGCAACGACAUGUGUGCUCUCUACACGGUGGAGGCAUUUGCCUUGGUUGCUGCCAGAAGUUAUGAUUGAUGUCAAGGAUUUCCUAUCUGUUACAUGCCCUGACCCUGUCGGGGCAAAUGAUAUGGAGAAAGCUAUGGUGUCUUUGACCAAAGCAGCCAGGAGUUUCUUGGCUGAUCACCAGAGAGGAUCCACCAUCUCAAGUCUGCAUCUUAAGCUCUAUUUAAUCAACACUUUCUUGUGCGAAGUUGGCCCACUAAUAUGUGACGCAGUCGACAGCCGUUUGUUGAAAGAGUUGGAUCUCUCCGUUCUUGACGAGACGGAUAUUUUGGACUCUAGUGAUGAGGAUAUGCUGCAGCGAGCUCAAGAAAUAGAUUCUUUUUUCAGUGCCUACCCUAGUGUGCCCCACUGCCUCACAAAGCUCACUCUAUAUAAUGUAGGCUUUGACAAAUUGGACAUGCACCAUGUCUUGUUUGAUUGCUGCAAGCAACUGAAGCAUCUAAUACUUGUGCAUUGUGAUGGUGGUAUCUGCUCCCUCUUUAAGAUUGAUGCACCAAACUCAAACCUCUGUGUUUUAAAUAUCUACAAGUGUCGCUUUGAGAUAAUCGAGGUUGUCUGCCUUCCGAAAUUAGAGAAGUUCUUAUGGAAUACAUGGGUAUCCGAUUAUGCCCCAGUAACCUUUGGUUUUGUUCCAUCUCUUGGGGAAUUAGAACUCUCAUGUGGUUCAUCAUGUGGUCAACAUGAAUUUAAAUUAAGCGAGCUUCUACAUGGAGUAACAGGCCUGCAUACUCUCACACUGGAUUUCCAAGGAGAAAAUCUUUGGUUGCAACCUGAGAUCGAGGAACUCUUCACCGCUUUCAACAAGCUAAGGAAGCUGUCAAUACGUGGUAUUUUUGUUGAAUUUGAUAUUUUAUGGACGAUGGCCUUUCUUGUAGCAGCGCCAUCUAUCGAAAUAUUACAUAUCGAGGUAUGGGAACAUUCAUGUGACGUAGAGGCCAGAGUCGACUCCUUCCUUGACAGAAGGACACCUCAGUGGGAAAUGCGCCUCAACGGCUCCGAGAACAGGCUUCUGAAGCAUCUGGAAUUCACUGGUUUUAAAUCACUACAGCAGCAAUUUGCAUUCAUAAGAUCUGUGUUGGAGCGAUCUCCCAACAUGCAGAAGAUAGUUUUGAGAGGAGAUGAACAAUGCAAGUAUUGUGACGCCCUUGGGGAAUCACCUUGUCCUUCGAAAUUUCCAAAGAAGAAAGUUGAGCAAGAAAUGGUGGCUAAGAAGAUUAGACAUGGCACAUUCUCGCCAGAGAUAAUUUUUGAAGAAUGACAUGUGCUGUAAUAAUGUACUACUACGUCUGUUCCAAAACAUCUUAAAAUUUGGAAACAAAGUAGCACUCCGUAGUGUAGUGCUCCUUCCGAUCGGAGUAAAUUGUCGUUGGCACUCCCGCGUUGAAUAAAUGCGAUCCGAGGUAGUAGUUUGUGAUUGUAUCUCUCAAAGCCAAAAUAAUUUGCAAUGCUUUAAUUAUGUUGUAAAAGAAACAGUUUGCAUCUCAGAUUUGUUUUGAAUCUUGCUA